CUAAUAUCUCCCUCUCUGUCUCUCUUGUUAUUGGGUUACUCUCUUGUCAUUCCCAUAUUUCAGAAAUAAGAACCGUCAAUAGUUAUUUUGCGGCUUAAGAAAUACCGCCCAUUAUUAAUUUGUCAGAGAGUAUUGAUUUCAACUUUGGAUCGUCAUCGAAAAUUUGAUUUUGUGAGCUUUUAUACGUUUUUAGUAGUGUCUCUAACCUUAUCAUAAUCAUAACCUAGCAGUAUACUUGUUUUGUAUGUAAAAGCAUUUUAAAUAUCAGGUUUUGGGUCGGAUUUCUUCUUGUAUUAUAAAGAUUUGAUAAUGGCAGGAUUCGCUUUAAAGGUUAAAUGCAAGGGAGGACAAAACAUAGUGAAAGGUUUGACAGCUCACAGCACAGCCUCAGAGCUCAAGCAACAGCUCUCAGAACUGUUUAGUAUAAAACCAAGUGAUAUUAAUGUCCUGGCUGGUUUCCCCCCUAAAUCUGUCAAUCUGAGUGACAAUAGUAUUACUCUGGAGGCCUUGGGUAUUUCAUCUGGAGAUACUCUCAUUGUUGAAGAGAAGUUAAAUAGUGAAGCAAAAGAGAAAAUUGCUGCCAAAAAAAUGGAGCAGGAGACACAAUACGCACACAUUGCUGAAAGCCAACUGAACUGUCCUGGAAUUCUCAUGCGCAAAGUUGUCCCGUCAGACAAUUCGUGUCUUUUCACUAGUAUUGGUUAUGUUUUGAAUGGUAAGGUUGAUCCGACUUGUGGGCAGUACAUGCGGAAAAUCAUUGCUGAAGCUGUCGGAUCAGACCCUGAAACGUACUCUGAAGCUAUUUUGGGAAAGCCUAACAAAGAUUACUGCACCUGGAUCCAGAAAACAGACUCUUGGGGUGGUGCCAUUGAGUUAUCAAUUUUAUCCAACUUUUAUGGGAUGGAGAUGGCUGUAGUGGAUACUAUAAAUGCCAUUGUAAACCGUUUUGGUGAAGACAAGUCUUUCGGUAACCGUAUAUUCCUCAUUUUUGAUGGAAUUCACUAUGAUCCCCUAUUCCUUGAACCCUUAACACCUGAUGGCACUAUCCAAACCAUGUUUCAAGUCGAUGAUGAAACAAUGCUGGAGAAGGCUCGUCAGCUUGCUCUUGAAGCUCAAUCUAGUCGUCAGUUCACAGAUGUUGAUAAAUUUACACUUAAGUGCCUUAUAUGCCAGUCAUUCCUCAAAGGGCAAACAGAAGCUCAAGUGCAUGCUAAAGAGACUGGUCACAUGAAUUUUGGUGAGGUAGCAGCCUAAUUUUCUUCAGUCACUUUAUCUUGUUUAUGUAGUAUUCUUUCGACUUCAUUUACCUAAAGAUUUUCCCCAAUGGAAAUUUAAUGUGGUGUCAUGUCAGUCUAGACAAGCAGAAUGAUAUGGUUUCUAUUAACAACAUAGAUGUUAGCCUGUUUUUUUUUUCCCACAUCACUUUUGAAAAUUAUGUCAUAGUUCUACCAAAACCCUGUACCACCAUAUAUCGAACAAAUUACAUCUAGUUGAAUGAAUUAUGUGAAAAACUCCUCAUACAACUAAUUUUUGGUGGAAAUUUACAAUUUAAUCUGUGUUAUUUUUAAGGGGUCUAUGAUGCUUUCUCAAUUUUAUGCACUGUAGAGCAAUGUGAUGCUGUUGAUCUUAUUUGACAAAGAGAAGGGUAGAUGGUAGCUCUCUUGCUGCAGCUCAUGUCAUAUAUUGUAAUAUUUUCAGGGUAUUUUUGUAGAGAUUGUUACCACUAUUCCUUACCACAAUUUAUUUGAUUAGCAACCAGGAUGAGACUGAUUUAUUCAAUGAACCAAAUUGUGUUGUUAUAUUUGUAUAGUCAGCAGUAGAACUUUUAUUCUUAAGAUUAUAGAAAGCUGUUUUGUGAAUGUACAAAUUAAGAGUUACUGUGCCCACAUCCUUCCAGAUGCCUGCAAUAAUUUUGUUAGCAGCUAUUUUGCAUCUUUAGUGUAGUGAAGUCUUUGUAAAUUGUAUUGUGUUGGAGUCAAUGAAAUCAGAGAUCUUUUAUUUACCUGAAAAAUAUAUAUACCUUUGCUCUUUUAAGCUCAAAGACAAUGGAUCUUCUAAUAUUAGAAUUAGGGAUUCAAGAUUUACCCGUGGUAGAAUACUUCAUAACACUGCAAAGAGACAUUUAUUAUGAACUUGUGAAUGUGUAUGUAACAUUUUGAUGAUAAUAAUUAUUGUUAUUUAUGCAAUAUCUAUUGUGUUUUCACAAUGCAUGAACUUUGGUUUUUACGAUGACAUUUUGUUGAGUGCAAUAUUUAUAUAUAGCUUUAUAAAUAUGAUAUUUUAGGGCAAUGGGUUUAUGUUUGAUUUGAGUUUAUCUUUAUGCUCUGUUGCUUUUUGAUCAGCCUAGCAUGUGCACUAUUGUGGUGCUGUGGAUCCUGUAAUUUUAUGAUUUUGUAGUGCUCAAGAAUCAACUUAACAAAUGGGCUCUAGUGAUAAAUCUAAUCUGUCUGAAGUUUCAAAAAUUUCAUGUGUGCCAAAGCUGUUGUAUGUGUUAAGCUGGUACAGCUUCCCCAAUUAUCAAGGAUGAAGGAUUCCCAUUUAUUUAUUGUGUACUUAAAUGUAAUGAGAGUCCAUACAAAUCCUAAAUUAUUUCCUGACUGCAAUUAUCACAGCAUAUCAGACUGACUACAAUCAAGAGUUUUAUUAACUGUGAUGCUGAAACUUCUAGGUUUGCGAACAAGAAUUUUUGAUGCCAUAAAAGAAUGUUUUGAAAUGACUUUAGAUGCUUCUAUUCUGUUUGAUUUGUGUAGUCUAGCCCCCCCCCCAUUAUCUGACAAAAUCUUUACUUAAAAGAGAUAACCCGAGAGCGAAACGCGAGAGCCCAUGAAUGUCUGGCUGGCGAAAGCGCUCAGGGAUCAACUCUCCUAACUUAACUAAGCUUAAUUUGUGAUUAUUCUUCACUGCCUGUAACACUAUGACUGAUAAAUUUCAAUGAGCAAUAAAGAUGAAGACUUUAA